AUGAUAAAUAUACCGUGUAAAGAAGAUUAACAUAAUGAGAAACUUAAGUAUUAUUGUUUUAACAAUUUAUGCACAGAGAGUAGAUUAGGUUGUUAGUAAUGCAUCAAUACAGGUAAACACAAAGAUCAUCAAGUCUUUGAAAUUUCACAAUUAGAUGAACUUAGAAAAGUAUAUCAAGGAAAAUGUUAACAUAUUAUUGACAAUUUAUUUAUUCUUAAAUCUCAACUAAUUGAAAUCAUAGAUGAAUAAAUUAAAAACUUACAAGAAAAAUUCUAAUAAAGAUAAAAUAACUUCUUCACUUAUGAACAAAUAGACUCUUAUAUGUAAGAUUUCUUAAUUUUUAAUUAACAUAAAGAUGAUGUGAUUGUUUCACUUAAAUAAGUGAAAAAUGAUAUUUAAAUUGCUGUUAAUUAACUUAAAGUAAAAGAAAGCUCACAAUAAGGUUAUUAAUAUUUUAUAUCUUUAGAGACUUAAUAACAAUUUUAAAGAGAUUUUUAUAGUUUUAUAAAUGAUUCUACACAGAAUUAAGAUAUUAUAUAAGCCUAAACUUAAGAUCUCGAAAUAACAAACUAAUUAGUAAUGAAGGGUACUUCUUUUAACAUAAAUUGUAGGCAAACUACUACUUUCUUAAACAAAAAAUUAUGAAGCUUAUAAUACUUUUGAUAGAGUGAGGAAAAUCGACCCUAUGAACAAGGAUGCAUUAAAUGGAUUAGGUAUGAGUUGAUAUUUAUAUUUAGGGGAUUGCUUAAGAGAAAGAUCUAAAUAUGAUGAUGCACUAGAAUAUUAUGAAGCUACACUUGAACUGGAUUAGAACAAUAAAUAAGCCUUGAUCGGCAAAGGUAUUAAAUCUAAUUGAAAACUUUAGCUCUUUGUUUAGGAAAAUUGAAAAAAUUUCAAGAAGCUAGACCAAUAUUUGAAAGAAUUUUAAAUUAAGACAAAAAUGAUAUUGAUGCAAUUUGGGGUUUAGGUAUUUAUAUUAAUAAAAUUUUAAUAGCUAAUCUCUUAAGAUUACAAGGGAAAGAUGAGGAGGCGAUAAAGUAAUAUAAUAAAGCAUUAUAAUUAAAUUAAAAUCAUUUGGAAUCAAUAAGUGGUUUGGGUAUUAUAUUAAUGUUAAACAAUUUUAAUAGGUGAUUGUUAUAGAUUGCUUGGAAAAUUUGAUGAUGCAAUGAAAUACUUGAAAAAAGCAUUGUAAAUAAAUCCCAGACAUGCAUUAUCUUUAGUUAGAAUGGGUAAAAUAGAAUUUAUACAAUUAGGGGAUUGUUUAAGACUAUAAAAGAAAUUUUUAGAGGCUAUGAAUUUUUAUAGCGAAGCCUUAGCAAUUGAUCCUAACGAUGAUUGGUGCAAGUCUAAAUUGAGUAAAGUAUUAUCUUAUUUCAAGAUGAAUGUAGAAUAAAGAGUAAAGCAGGAAUGUGAUUUUUUAGGGUAUUAAGAUUAUUAACAAGCUUAAAUAAUCAGGCAUAUUGGC